AAUUGCCCCAUUCGAAGCGACAAACGACCAAGGGACCCCAUCCGGCCGGGCUUACCAAGAUCACACGAAGCGAAUAAGUUGCCCUUGAGUUGAACCGACGACUUUCUGUUUGCAAUUCAAGUUAGACCGUGGGCUUUACGUGAUACUUUGCUUAUCAUCGCGGUCUUGGGCCCGCGCAUUGCCGGUACGAGAAAACACAAAGACUAAUAGCAUCCACUCAUCCGUCACCAUGUCGGCGGGCUUGGUAAAUUCAUACCUCAACAGUUGGUCUACCCUUCUACCUGAGCCCUUGUGCUUCUUCGAUCCCUCUUCCUCUUUUCUUUAUUGCUUGGUCGCAAGAUCAAUUGGUCAUGGCAUCCCAAAGUUCAAGGAUAUUCGCAAGACCAGAAAGCUAACAGAUCCAUCUUUCUUCACUUUAGAAAAGGUUUGCAUAAUCACAGUCGAUGGCCGCACCCUAGUAGGCACACUGAUCUCGGUAGACAUGAGCACGAAUGUGUUCCUACAAAGAGCUGUUGAACGAGUCAUUCGCUCCCCCGAUGACGACGAGCCCUCGGCCGAGAUCGAGCUGGGAACGCACAUGAUUCGCGGGGACACGGUCUGCCUGGUUGGGUUGGUUGAUGAGUCGCUGGACGAGAGCAUAGACUGGACCAAAGUCAAGGGGGCUACGAUUGGGACGACAAAGCAUUAG